UUGGUGGCUGAGUGGUAAAUCCUUUCUCUCCUCCUACGCUCCCAAUGUUUAAGUGACAAUCAUCUUAACCAAACUUCACAACCUCUGAGAUUUCUGACACUUGAAUCUGGGAGGUUGACUUCUGGAGGUAAAAGAUGCAGCUCGAACGAAGAGGUCCUCCAUCUCCCAAAAUGGCAAACUCGGAGUCUUCCAUCCUGGCGAGGCACUACAAGUUGUCCAUCUCUUCUUUGAUCAGCAGAAUUAGUGCUCUUUGCAAAGAUGCACAUCCCAACAAGCACAUCUGCGUGGAAAUUGGUCCGCUAAUGAUGAUGCUGUACCCGAUCAUUCGUGACGUGGAGUUCGCUGACUUGAUGGACGAUCCUUGUGCACGAAUCCGCAUCCAGCACUUGCAAAAGGCUCUCGGGAGUAUCGAAGCGUUGCUGAAGAAGUGGUUGCCCAGUGGGCCAUUUUUGUGGUUAGUCCAUGGCACGCGCAUUUUGCGGCACCUUGCUGAUGUCAGCAGUGAGAUCUGUCAUUCCUUGCAAGUCGUUGAGAGGGUGCUCACAGGGGAGAACCGAAAGCAACUGCACAAAUUGAGAGAGGGUCUCCUUGGUGUAAAGUUCAAAGUGCCCGAGAGAGAUUUGCAAUUAUCGGAGAGAGUAAUUGAUCUUCUGGAAACCUGGGAGGAUAAUGAUAAGGAAGCAAAAACAGCUAGCUAUGACCACAGCAGCAGCAGCAUCCCUUGGAAUCCACGAGGUGCUGCAUCUCUGUCUUCUGCUAAUGGUCCAAACGGCACAGCUUCGUCAGUUAUUGCAACUGCACAGGUCCUCACUGGGCCGUCAUAUGUGCCAUGGGACAGUGGUGAUCGAGGGGAAGGAUUCCCACCGCUGAUGUCACAACGCAAUGCUGAGCGGAAAGAUCACGAGGAUGUGGCAGCGCGCAGAGCAGGUCCUACUGCGAUAGACUUAGAAGCUGGGACUGUGGCGGCAGGCCUGGCUGAAUCGUGUAACGAGAACGGGAAGAAAACAAAGGGUGACCGUGUGCGGGAGGUCUUGCAAGAAGCUGCUGAGUAUCUUGGAAUUCCAGAGAGUGAUGUUAUCGAGGAGUUCAAGCAAGUAAAGCAGGAAAUGACAGAGAAGGCCAUGUUUCAUGCACUGACUAUCGACCCGUGUUCACUUGAGUUUGUGAGAUUGAUUGGUGCUGGAGGGGGCAUUAACUCAGGAGUGUGGAUUGGCAGAAUUUGGGAGAAGGGUAUUGAUGGAGUACUCUCGUCACGAGAGGUCGCAGUGAAGCGCUUUCCGUAUCUGGAAGGCUUGCACGUUUCCGAAGAGUUCAGGAAAGAACUGAAGGUCCUCCACAGGGCAUCAACUCGUUGCCGAAAUGUGUGUGAAUUGUAUGGCAUUUGUGAAAAAGGCGGUUACCUCUGCAUUGUCAUGAGAUUGUACAAGCACAGCAUCGAGGAUGUAAUCAAGAGGGUAAAUGGACCGAUGAGUUUGGUGGACGUGGAUCGAUAUGCUAUCGACAUGUGCAAAGCGCUGAUGCAACUUCACCGCGAGCACAUCAUAGUGCAAGAUGUGAAGCCGGCAAACUUCUUGGAGGAUGAAUUAGGAAAUGUAGUCAUUGCUGACUUCGGCAUUUCCAAGAUUGUGGAACGCACCACUGCCAAGUACAGUCCUACUCGGGUUCGAGGGACAACCCGGUUUAUGAGUCCCGAGGCCUGGUCCGGAGUUGCGAUGUGGAUGCAGUCUGACAUCUGGAGCCUUGGAUGCACCAUAUUGAACAUGAUCACAGGUAAUGUGCCAUUUGCGGGUAUCAAGGACCCGGCUGUCUACUUCAAGGUAGUACAAGAGCAAGCAAAGCCAGAUAUUCCGGAAGGCGUGCCAAAACCACUGCGCGACAUGCUCUUACGAUGCUUUGAGUACCAUGCUUUCGAUCGCCCACAAGCGCAUGAGCUUCUUGCUUUCUUUCUCCGUGGUUCAUCCGUUGAUGAUACCUCACUUCAAGCCUGCCUCACCGAUGUCUUCAUUGCGCGCACGCCAGUCGGCAAGAUCAAAGUGUCUUCAGGUGAUGGCCGUCCAGCUCCCAGUGUUUCUGGCUUGGGGACGAAGCGAAGUAGUACCAGCAGUGCUGAUCUGAUCAAGUUGACUGAUCUAAGGAACAGUGCACCCACAGUGGUUGGACAUGGGCCAGCUGAUGGGAAAUCCUUACACAGAUCUCAGUUGUCUGCUGACCUCUAUUUGGCAGAAAGUCUUCUUAAGUCUGGAUCGAAGAAAAGCAACAAAUAUCUCUCUUCUGCUGAACUGAAUUCACAGAGCUGUGCACAUCAUUUGGGCGUAUGGUUCCCAUGUACAGACAGAAGAUACUGCUUUUGGGGAUGUAUUGCUGCCGUGGUACUCAUUAUUCUGUCCAUCAGCAUUAGUGUGCCGCUUGUUAUUGUCAGCAGUCUGAGCCGUCUGAAAAAUCCUACAGUUCAGCUAGUUGUUCCGCCGGGCUUUUCAAGGGAUGGCGUCGACUCGGUACUAUGGUAUGGUCUCGGAAGAAAUGAUUUAGAAAGGUAUUAUGUUCUGCUGGCCGCAUUCAAGAGAGUACGCUUUUCAUGUCCUGUAAUUCCGUGUCUUGGACAGCCGUUUGGUCAGAACAUCAUCGAUAGCCGACUGAGAAUGUCCACCGCGUAUAUGUGUACUUUUUUCGGUGGUCCUUUGGACAUGCCAGAGUGCCAGUACCGGUUUCCCAACACCUCAGAGAUUGUGACCAACGAUUACAGACUUGCCGAAGCUAUUGUGGCAACGCACGGUCCCGCAAAAGGGCGUUUCAUCGGUGCGCAACAACAGGAGAUGUUCAUUGAUGUGAUGAUAAAGGCAAUACGGUCGGUAAUGGUGACCAACCGAACCUUCGAGGAUAAUAUCAGAUCACGCAUGGAAGCAUUGGAUCCAGCCAUAGUAUAUGGAGAUAUCUAUUGAUGCACAAUCCUCUGUUCUUAAGCCCACUCUUCCACAGAAACGA